AGUCUUCAUAUCGGAUGCUGACACCUUCGCACUAGUGAGAACCUGCUAAAUAUACCCAGCAGUGCCCGUGUACGCGCGACACAGAGGACGGAAAUCAGUCAUAUAUUAGGGAGUGACCCGACUGCUGAAGCGCCCGCAGACAGCGAGCUGAGCCCAGGACGCGCUGUCAAGCAUCUCCAACACUUCGGAUUAUGAAAUUGAAGCAAACACAGCAGUGGCGGUGACUCUACGAGAAUCUCCCGCUUUCCAGGGUUGUGAGUUUUCAUCUUCGCGUAAUGGAAGAGGAGACCGCGGCUCCCUGGCUCUGAGUGACAGGAUCUUUCCACAGCUUCCCAAAACUACAGGAUUCAACAAUAAUUAUUCACACUAAUUGCUGAGGAUAUAUCUGAAGAGAUUUCGUUUGAGGAUGUACUGGUGUUUGCUCUGUGUGACUCUAACGGGAUUGUCCGUGGCUCGCGCUCUGACGGAUCGUCCCUGCGGUGGGAAAAUCACAAUCACCAGUGCCGGGUAUGUGACCUCUCCCGAUUACCCGACUGGAUACCCAGUGAACAAGCAGUGCACAUGGCUGAUCCAGGCUCCUGAUCCACAGCAGAAGAUCCUCAUCAACUUCAAUCCGCAUUUUGACCUGGAAAGCCGGGAAUGCAAGUAUGAUUUUGUACAGGUGUUUGAUGGUGCGGAUGAGAACGCUCUCUCUCUUGGGAGGUUCUGCGGCAAAAUCGCUCCGUCUCCGAUUAUCUCUAGUGGAAACUCUUUACUCAUCAAAUUCACCUCCGACUACGAAAGCGCAGGAGCCGGAUUCAGCAUCCGCUAUGAGAUACACCGUACAGGUACCGAAUGUUCCAGAAACUUCACCGAACCGCACGGACUGAUCGAAACCCCUGGCUUCCCGGAUAAAUAUCCCAACAACCUGGAGUGCACCUUCAUCAUCUUCGCGCCCAAGAUGGCGGAGAUCAUUUUGGACUUUCAGAGCUUUGACAUGGAGCCGGACACAACGGCACCUGCGGGGGCCGUCUGCAGAUUCGACUAUCUGGAGAUAUGGGACGGAUAUCCUACAGUGGGUCCUCAUAUUGGUCGAUACUGUGGUUCCAGACAUCCAGGUCGAGUGAUUUCAUACACUGGCAUUCUCUCUCUCAGUAUCCACACAGACAACGCCAUCACCAAAGAGGGCUUUUCAGCCAAUUACAGCAUCCGAAGCAGCUCAGACCAACUUCAACCACACCAAGAUGAGUGUAUGUAUCCUUUAGGAAUGGAAAGUGGUGAGAUCACAGAAGACAGGAUAGCUGCAUCGUCGCAGUAUAAUCCCAGCUGGUCUCGACUGCGCUCCAGACUGAAUUACCUUGAAAAUGGCUGGACGCCGUCAGAGGAUUCUUCUCGGGAGUGGAUACAGGUGGACUUGGGUUUUCUGCGGUAUGUGACGGCUAUAGGAACACAAGGUGCCAUUUCAAAAGAAACCAAAAAAGCGUACUUUGUCAGAACAUACAGGAUCAGUGUGAGCUCAAACGGAGAGGACUGGAUUACCCUGAAAGACAAAACCAAACAGAUGGUUUUCCAGGGAAAUGACAAUCCCACAGAUGAGGUGCGCGCCUUGCUGCCCAAACCCACCCUCACCCGAUACAUACGCAUACGACCUCUGCUCUGGGAACAAGGCAUCUGCAUGCGCUUCGAGGUGUAUGGCUGUAAAAUACCAGAUGCUCCAUGCUCCAAUAUGUUAGGGAUGGUUUCGGGUCAGAUUUCCGACUCUCAAAUCUCGGUGUGGCCAUCAGCAGAGAGAGGCUGGCUCCCUGAACAGGCCCGGCUGCUGACCGGCCGGACGGGCUGGGUGGUGGCUCACCCGCAGGGCCUAGUGAAGAACCAGUCGCUGGAGCUGGAUCUGGGGGCCCAGCGGAUGGUGACGGGCCUCGUCCUGCAGGGAGGGAAGUACAGAGAUCUGAACAUUUUCAUCAAACGCUUCAGAGUCACUUACAGCGUCAAUGGAACAGACUGGAACCACAUACUGGAGGAGAACAGCAACAAAGUGAAGGUAUUU